AUGUCAAAGUUCCAAGAGCUUAAGAGGGAGCUUAGUAUCCUGGAAAAAACCUUUGGCCCACGGCACGAACAUUUCCGCGUUGAAGCCAACGGCUUGGACGAAGUGACGUGCCGAUUCCUCGCAACAAAUGGCGAACAUGUAGUCCACUGCAAUAUCUUUGUGAGUAAGCUUUGACUAAAUGUUACGAUCGAUAGAAUCGUACAUCCUUUAAAGAAUAUGUUAAAGCUGCUCUAAUUUUAUUUAUGCCGUUGGUUAAACAGGAAUCCUAUCCUAACCCACCUCCGAUGUGGUUUGCUGAAAGCGAAGAUGCGAAAAUCGCGCAGAUACUCGAAUUCUUAAGUAGUAUUGAGCCUUCAGCACCCAAUUUGGUAAGAUGAGUUCACUUGUUCUUUAAUUUCGAUGAAAUUUUCCCGCAUAAUUUUGAAGAAUGGCCUUACGUAACUGAUGUAGUCUUUUUUCUAUAUGUCAGCUUCUUCGAUCAACAAAAUACUUGGCGAAGGAGUUGUAUAAAUGGCAAGACCUUCCUGUACCAUCGCACAUAGACAACCUUGAUCUUGUACAGCUCAUACACGUAAGUUCAUUUAACUGAUGUUCAUAACUUUCCAAUCGUUUUGGCUCAAGAAGAAGGGAUGUCCUUUCAUUUCACCCAUUGACCACGACAGCACCUAAUUUUUCUUUCAGUUUUUAAUUAGUUGCAAUCAUGUCGAGACAUCGCAUGAUUAUUCCUGUGGUUACGUCAAAUUUUUAAAGGGUAUUUAUGUUCAGAGGGUCUCAACCGGAAGUGGACCUGUAAGCUGAUGAUGUCGAUGGAGUAAGACGAGAUCCUGUAAUAAUUAAUACAACGAAAGUGUCCUCUAAAAAGUGAGGUGAAUGAACCGAGAAAGUUCUCUAUUCCGUUGGAAUUAUGAGAGCGUUCGGUGGCUGCUAAUUAGCAUGUAUGAAAUUUGUUGCUUGUUUACAUCUUGGAUUUCUUUACCCCUGUUUGACAUUGCAACGCGAUGCUGCAAUGUGAUGCUGCUUGUGAUUUCCUCUGUCUUCUUAACCACUCACACUAAAAAUUUUCCUGAGAAAUAUUUACGUGGUGAAGUUCCUUAUCCAGUACCAAACCUGGUCUAAAUAGAAUUGUUGUUCAAUUUUUGUACAGUGGAAAACAAUCACUCUAUCAAUCACUGCUGAUGCUUUUUGAAGAGAAUAUUACAAGUACUGUAGUUUCUGCAACAUUGACUGAACAAUCACCUAAAGCUGCACUUUAAGAUUUCACUUGCAGACACCUAACAGACAUGUUUGUCUUGGCUGUACACUUAGAAAUUAGUUUGUUUCGUAAUUUUUUUUUGGAUGCAGUGCAAUUGGGAAUAUAUUUAUAGUAUAUCGGACAAAAACCAUGUUCUCGUCAACAACAAAUGUGUUGAAUGUGUCAUGCUGUCCAAACUAAAUUGUUUCGUCUUGACUUUUCAGGAAGAUGUUGAGGUAAAGGAGUCAACAACAUCCCAAGAAGAUGAGGAAAGUGAGGAUGAAGGUUUAGAAGAGGUAUAAAAUGUUGUGUUUAAUUCUGUACAUGCACAUACACAAGUAUAGUGGGUAUGUAAUCCCUUAGGCAGACUGCAUAGGAAUCAUUGUCUCUUUCAUUUUUGGGCUCUUUGGCACAACCUUCUUAAACAGAAAUUUACAAAAACGAUAUUCUUCAUCAUGGGAGAAUUAGAAAAACCAACUUAUACACAUGGUUGGUACAUAGUUUCAGAUUCCUGAAAUAUCUGUAAAUUCCACUAAGUAGGUAUGCUCAGGAAAAAAUAUGAUUAGUUAUUGAAAAAUGGGAAGAAACCUUCAAUUUUUUCUGAGUGGGAACAAAUGAGGGAAAUUUUUGUGAGAUACACUUCUAACUGAAACUUGCCUAGAUUAGAAGAUAAGCAAAUAAGGGCCCAUUCCCAAGGCCAUGAUGGAAAACAAGCAUCCACCUCAAAUGACCAUCCCCUUUAACUCCUAACUCUCUUGAAUGAGUAUGGAUACAAGGAAGACCUGUUUCUGUUGCCAGCUUAUUUAUAACUGUUUAAGCUUCCACUACUGCUUAAUCAGGACAGGAGAUAUCCAGUUAUUACUCCAUAUUGACUAAAUAUGUCUACAUUAUGUUGUUGUAGUUUUUGUUGUUUCUUGUUUUUAUUACUUUCAAAAAUAUUUAGCCAAAUUGAAGUUACAAUUCAUGGAUAGGAAAACUUAACAGGUCCCCCCCCUGCCUUGCUUUACCAUCCUCCUUCCAAUAAGCACCCCCCCCUUUUUAGCAAAAACUCUGAAUAAAAUUUGGUAUUUUAAAACAGUAUUCAAAUUGUUAUGUCACUAUAUCUAAUCUUGUAAAGUUCUGAGUUUUUAUAGUAACUACUGAUAUAUGCAUAUGCUUUCCAAAUGAGGAAGAUGAAUUUAAUGUUCAAUUUUGGGAUUUUUUUUUUAAUUGAUCCAGGGUCAUGAUGAUAGUGAGGAUUCUGAUAAUUAUGAAAUGGAAGAAGAUACAGAGUGAGUAUUGUGUAGUACACUUAACUUGUGCUGGAUGUGGUUAGACUUUUUUCUUUUUCUUUUCAUUUUUAUUUGUCAAGUCUUGUGGCAAAGCGUUUAUUGUAAUCAUUGUUGAUAAAUGUUUGAUGUAAUUAUUAUUGUGAUGUGCUUUUUUUAAACAGACAAGACUCUAACAAAGAGUUGCAGGAAAUUGGUGCAGCAAAUUAUGCAGUAUUGGAAAGGAUACGAGUGAAUAGAAGGGAAGACCACCUUAAGGUUGGUUUGAUUAGAAAAUAAUGAUAUUUACUCAAGGCAAGAAACUUUUUUUUCAACUCACCUGUCCCUUUGGACAAGUUCUGGGUUUAUUUUACUUUUCCAGAUCUCCAGCAUACCUGUACAUGUACUUGUCUGAAAAGACCUUAAAUAAAAAACUAUUAGGUAUGAAGUGGGUUUCGCUUGAAAAUCAAUGGCCACACAAAAGGAUAUUUAUUUUACUACCUGUAAGUGGUACUUAUCUUUAUGGACGGCAAGCUAUGUAAUACAUUUAUAUAUAUUAUUUUCAUGUCCAAAGUCAGGACUACAUGUUUACGUGUUUUGUUAUUAACUUCAUCCAGGGGACAGUGAGCGGAUCUAUUCAAGCUACUGACAGAUUAAUGAAAGAACUUCGAGAUGUGUAUAGAUCUGAGAGUUUCAAGACAGGUUUGUUUUACUUUUUUUUGAAUAUUUUUUCCUUUUUUUUUAAUAAUUAAUAGCACUGUAACAAAAUGUUUCAGUCAGUAACUCCAUUAUUCUUUAAUAUUGACUCAAGUAACUUUUUUACAAUUCCUAAUGCAGUUAAGGUAUACAAUCAUGUAACAAAAAUAUUGACAAUAAUAAUGAUAAUAAAAAACAGCAACAGAAAUAAUCAUUAUCAUAAUGAUGAUAAAAAUAACAAUAAUUAUAACAGUUAUUAUUACAGGUAUAUAAUUACAACAGUUUUAAUAAUUAAAACAAUUUUUAUCUUUAUUUUCUCUAUUGAUGAUAUUCCGUGUGCAUGUACAAGUCAUGUAUCUGGAUUUCAAGUACAUGUAUGCGUGCAGUGGUUAUGACAGAAACUAACAGGAUGAAAUCCUUUUUUCUUUUGCUUGAUUGUGAAGAUACAUGUACUUAUUGUUAAAAAUUACAUUUUCCUUUAAGGAACAUAUUCUGUGUGCCUCAAUGAUGACAACUUAUAUGACUGGACAAUAAAAAUUAUAAGGUGUGUAGGCUCAAUAAUUUAUUUAACAAGGCAUGUACUACUGUACAUGUAACUGAUCAUGAAUGUGUAUUUCAAUUUUUAGUUUUAGUUGAAUUCAUGUAUUGUAGUUCAAUUAUUUUCUUUUUUUAUGAAAGUUUUCAAUUGAAACCAGUUAUUAAAGGAAAGGAAAUUAAACUUUGAAACUUGUUUCAACAUUUAUUUUCAUUUUUUAGACUUUGAUGAUAAAACAAGAAUUUAGAUAUUAGGAUUAAAUUUACUUUGAGAAAGGUCCAAAACAUUAAUGCUCAUGAACAAGAACUCUUUUUCUAUAAUAAUUAUUACUUUACAGUAGGGCAUUGAAAAAUAAAAACUGAAAAACAGAGACAAAAAAAUGAUCUGAACAAUCACACAGUCAAGUAUAAAUCCAUAUUAAAUUGCCAAAAUCUCUAUUGCAGCUGGAAAAAUGCACCAUGCUGCAAACAAAGUGAUAAGAAUGAUUAUGAGGUUAAACAAAUCAAACCAGUGUGAGAAAAACAGAAUCAAGAACUUUCAACUAUUAGAUAACUGAGGAACUGAUAAUUUUUUCGCAAUAUAGAGUUGACCCAGACAGUACAUUACAUAAAGAUCUAAUGCAGCUUAGAGGGCAAGAGGGUACAGAUCAUGUGUCGUUAAACAUGACUUUUACAGUAAGUAUUGUAAUGUUUAGAAUAUUAAUCUUGUAAAUAUGUAAUUACCUCUCCAUAAGCAAAAUAUUUGACAUUAUUACAUAGCAGGACAGGGGAAAAAUAGGAGAUAAAAUUUGGUAAAAACAUCUUUCACAAAUUACAUAGGUCAGAAUUCACCUUCACCGCUGACUCUUUUUUGAGUACAAUAUCAUUUUCAAUAUGCAGGCCAAGGCUUAUAUGCAACAAUAUACUUAAAGUACAGGAAUUGUUUUGCAACAAAUAUUCCAGUUGUCCAGUCUUGCUUCUUCCUUUCCUCCAUGGUCUUUCUGGGUGUACAGUAGCUUUUGGCAAUUUUAUACAACUACAUUUAUCUAGAAGGAGCCUUAAUUUUUUAACUAAAGGAUUUGAGGUAGAUACAUAUCAAUGUAACUGACUGUUUUUUCAGGACAAGUUUCCAUUUGAUCCCCCAUUUGUCAGAGUCAUUUAUCCAGUAUUAACAGCAGGGUAAGUCCAAUAUUGGGGACAAUUAUCAGUAUUUAGGAAUAAUAAUUAUUGCAUUUUUACAUGUACAGUUUUUAAGUAUAUCCUUUUCAUGUUAAGGUUGAUGGUGAUGCAAUUUAGGCAUUCUUAUUCUAAACACAUCAAAACUUACUAGAUGUAUCUCACAGUUAUUUAAUAAACCAACAUGUGUGUAGUUAAAUGACCAUCUGAAAAUCAAAAACUGCAGUAUUAUUUAAGCUCAACUGGUGGGUUAAAAAUGAAUAUUUUGAUACAGGAUGUGUUGGAAAUAUUCAUGAGUACUUUACAUGCACAGGGGGUAACAUUUAUCAGAGGGUCUUAGAAUGCAACAAAGGAACAAUGACUAAUCCGUCUUUAGUUAAACAACAUACAUCUGUACAUGUAGCUAACCCAGCAAUUCUGAGUGUCACCUAAAGGCACUUAUAACUGUACUAUAACUGUACAAGUACAUAAUUCUACAAAAUCACUGAUGUAGUUGAAUUUCAACAAUAUGUUGACAAAAGGAGAUAAAUUACCAUCUGGUUGUGAAUUUUACUACCUUUGAGAAAGUGACUCAACCCUUUGUUUUAGAAAAGUGUUUGAAUCGAAAAAGGAGUAAAUACCUGUGACAAAACAUCAUUGCCUGCCAGUGCUGCCCAACAGUUUCUUUUGAUAAGAUAGUUUAAUGAUUUAACUGCUCUACUGGCUUGGUUUGCUGCUCUUUGGAGCUUACUGAUGUACAUUAUGUCUCUUUUUUCCAACAGUUAUGUACUCAGUGGGGGAGCCCUUUGCAUGGAACUGCUCACACCCCAGGUUUGUAAUCUGGCAUCAAAAUGAAUUCAGUUAAGCAGAAUGUUGUUGAUUUUAUGGCAUGUUUUAGGAUGUAUUUUCUCUCUACCAUUAUAAAUAUAGUAAUUAAACUUGAAACAAUAUGAGAUGCUGUACAUGUAUGAAUGAUUACACAACUUAACACUGUACAUGCAGGUGUAACAAGUGUGCAUUUAUGAACAGUCAAACCUCUCUAAUAUGGUUUACUGAAGGAAUAAAGGAAGGUGUCUGUGGAAAAGAGGUGCCAUAAACUGUGAAGUGCAUCAGAUUCUUUUGUUGGCCCUUGUUUCCUUUUAAGGCUUUGCCUUCAGCACAUGGAAUAUGGGAUUGAUGUGCUUCUGAGAUAAGGCCAUAUCAUGUGUUUUGAGCUAAAUUGCUAGAAAUACUAGAUGAAGGUGAAAUGAUACAUCCCUUAUUCAAUAUGUGUAACAAAGAAUAAUUAAAAAAUUUGCAUCUAUUACAAGUAUAUGUCAAACCAUUUAUUAAGUUGUAUGUAUAACAUUACACAGUAGCAAGAUUUUGUGUUCUUGUUACAGGGUUGGAGUAGUGCAUACACUGUUGAGGCUGUUAUAAUGCAAAUUGCUGCUACAUUAGUGAAAGGAAAAGCAAGAAUAAACUUCCAAGAAAACAAAAAGGUGGGUUGUUGAUUCUUGGCAAACGAAUUCACUACCAGAUAAGUUACAGGCUAGUUAGUGAUUGAAAAAAAAAUUUUAAGUUUGGAGAAUGUGUCUCGACAUCAGUGAUGUCAUCUUCAGUUACAUGUGCUUGUGCUACAAAUAAUUGAAUAUACAAUGGAUACAUUAAGGAAUUGCUACACACAUGUACAUGUAAGAUUUUGCUUUACAGAUUUGUAAACUAUUUGAAUAGAAAUAAAGCAAUACUAAUGUAGUGAAGUAAAAUAAUAUUAUUAUAACAAUAAAUAUAUGAUAAAAUAAGAAUUAACUAAAAAGUUCAUAAAUAAAUUUUGCAACUUUUGGUUUAGAGUCGGAUUCUCCCAGUAUUUUACAUUAAGCCUCUUCAAAAGUAUAUCUUUAUCUUUUAUUGUUUAUUUCUCAUUUGCAAAAAUGUGGUAGAUGAAUAUGUGGUAGAAGGAAAGCACAAUUUGUUUUGUCUUUCACUAACAGCCAGGGGUCUACAGUCUAGUUCGAGCUCAACAGUCUUUCAGGUCUUUGGUCCAGAUCCAUGAGAAAAAUGGUAAGAGAUAUGAAUUAUCAAUUAUUUUAGGUAUUCUAGGAGGUUACUUCUUACUUCCAAAAGCUGGAGUGGCAUUGAAAGGGUCAAGACUCACCAGCUACAAUUUGUUUUGCUUUAAUGAGAAAUUCUCAUUACCAAUUUUACCCAAAAAUUUGUAGCAGCUUGAAAAAGAAAUAAUGAAAUAAGUUCUUGAGAGUUUGGAGGUAUAACUAGUAAUUUUGAAUGACCACUUUGUCUCAAUGGCAUCAUUAAAUGUCACUACUAGACUGUAAUCAGCUCCAAACUCUCAUCACAAUAUUUUCUCUCCUCCCAGGUUGGUACACUCCACCUAAACAUGAAGGAUGAAAGGCUUCAAUGUUUGUGAUUUAUCUUAUAGAAUACAUGAUGUCUUUUGAUGUCUGUCUACACGCCAUAUUUUUAUGAAACCUCAGCCAAAUUAUAAUUAAUAUGUACAGUAGAAGUAAAGCGUUAUCAAAAUGGUAGUUGUGACAAUUAUGUCUUCUUUUUUCCUUUCUUACUUAAAUGAAGUUGUAUUCAACUUGUUCUGCAUGUGCAUGUCCCAUGGCAACUGAUUUACAUUACAUUAUUUAGUUCAUAAUGUGGAUCAAUUUAAUGUAAUGACAUGGAACUUAAAGGCAAGGCAUGAUGUUAAGCUGACAUUACAUGUGUGAAGCAGAUGCCAAUAAUUUGUUUCAUGUCCCCUCCUUUGUCAUACCUUUUGGUCUUUGAGGAGUGGUACAUCUACGUGUUUAUCCUCGAUGCCCACUGUCUCUGAGGAGUGGUACAUGUACUUGCUUGUCCUCAAUGCCCACUGUCUCAGAGGAAGGGUGCAUUUAUGUACAUAUCCUCAAUGCUCAGUGUCUGAGGAGUAGUGAAUGUACCUCUUUAUCCUCCAUAGUCAUGUACAUUGUUACUUAGUUGUAGAGUUUUGUCUCGAAAAAAUUCAUCGAAAGUCCAUGAAUUGCUAUGCAACCAUACUUGUACAUGCCAUCUGCCUUACACAUCAGCGUCUCUGCAAUGCGCUGUUGUUUUGAUUGGAGUAGCAAUGAUUAGAAGAAGCCCAGCAUAGGUAAUUUCUUAACUUGAAAGAAAUCCAUAUAGAAUGUUGUAGUGAUAAUGUACUAGUUUGGGAAUUAUAGGUAAUUUGUUGAAGUUUAGCAUAAACUAUGUAGAAAAAAUAGCCUGGUACUUUAUGUAUUACUUAAAGAUUUUUCCUUUCUAUUCUAUUCUUAUAACUAUUCAAAGCUGGGUUGUCAUUUUUUUCUUUGGUUAUGGCACCUUUACUGAAACUGCAGUCAAGGCAAAAAUGAUUCCACUAACGUGUACAUGGCAGAGUUUUUUUUUUCUUUGGGGACUGGUCUUUAGGGUACGUCAGUUAUUGCCUUUCUUUCUUUUGGAAAUCGCACUGUUUUGAAAAAGUUUGCCAUUCAUCAAAAAUACAUUAGGAAAAUGAAAUUCUCCAAAACACAUUCCAAGAGAGCCCCCCCCCCUUUCAGGUCAGUGGGGCAGAUGGGGAGGUCAGUGCCAAAGGUUUUGUCUUUCUAAUGUUUUUCCCUAUUGCUACCGCACAUGUUUUGCGUGCAGCUGGGAGCAGUUGCAUGAUGCACGUGUAUUUAUAAAACAAGUACAUUCUCGUUUUGAUAGAAAAAUCAGAAUCGACUCCACGGUAGAGAAUACAAUGUGUAACUUAGAAUAGAGCACUACAGUCUCCUAGCUUUUUGCAAAUGGAGAGAGAAGUGUUUUCUGUUAACCUAGAAAGCAGGAUAUGUAUACGCGUACACAGUGCUAGGAAAAGCAAACGGGGAGGGGGGAGGUCUUGAGGGUCCAGUUAGAGGGAGCUGUAGUAAAAUUGUGGCUAGAGUGCAAAUCCCACUCCCUCCCCUUCCCAAUUCACCCUUGAGUAUUUUUCACUAAAAGUAGAUGGAGAGAUGGGAGAAUUUUGGUUGAUUUUGAAAUAUUUUCUUUAGAUUUCAGUUUCAUUUAUUGUCAUGGCAGUUGAUAAUUUUCGUAGUUCUGUUACUAGAAGUCUCUUCUAGAGCUUUGAAUUUGCUAGCUUUCCAGGUUGUUGGUUGCUGUUAGUCGUAUAGUAAGUAUUGUACAUAGUGCCACCUUUGCUGGUGAAGAAUAAAAGGGA